AUGGCUUCCGGACGUAAGCCUGAAGCCAGUACUUCGCAACCGGGGCGCAAGUCGCACAACAGCGCACUCAUGGACGAAGACGCCCGCGCAGUCGCAGAAUUCACCGAGAAAGCCACACAACAAUAUGGUCGCGGCGACCGGAUACGGCCGAAAUCAGUCAAAGAUAAGAAGUUGCGGGCAAAUGUAAAGUCUCUUGAGGCGAAGAACAAACAGGCGGCGCUGGAAGCAAAGACUGUCGAAGUCCUGCUUGAGAACAAUGCUGGGCUGCUGGAGCCUGAGAAUGAGUUGGAAAGGACAUAUCGCGUUCGGCAAGACGAGAUCAAGCAGGAGGUUGGCCUAGAGACGGCAAAGAAAGGGUUCGAAUUGCGGUUAGACGAUCUUGGACCAUACGACGUGUGCGAAUACAGUCGCAAUGGGCGCGAUUUGCUGAUUGCGGGCCGGAAGGGCCAUGUCGCGACGUUUGACUGGAGAGCCGGAAAGCUGGGCUGCGAACUACAACUCAACGAGACAGUGCGCGAUGCGCGAUGGCUGCAUACAAGCAACCAGAAAAACUUCGCCGUUGCACAAAAGAAAUGCGUCUACAUCUACUCAGGCGACGGUGUAGAAAUGCACCAGCUGAAGAACCAUUCGGAGGCGACACAUCUCGAAUACCUACCGUAUCACUUCCUUCUCGCCUCAGUAUCGACAGCAGGCAUAAUACGAUAUACAGACGUUUCGACCGGUCAAUCGCUGCCACAGCUCUACACCAAACUUGGACCUUCCACAGCGCUUGCGCAAAAUCCACAAAAUGCAGUCCUCCACGUUGGCCACCAAAAAGGUCUUGUCACAUUGUGGUCUCCGAAUAGCGCCACUCCCCUCGUCAAGCUCCUCCCACACCGCGGGCCUGUACGAAGCAUUGCCAUAGACAGAUCAGGCACCUACAUGGUCAGCACCUCUCAAGACCGGCGCAUGUCCGUGUGGGACAUUCGCAUGUUUAAAGAAAUGCACCAGCACCACUUGCGUGUUCCAGGCACCACCCUCUCCAUUUCCGAUCGCAACCUCACGGCCGUUGGCUAUGGAACCCAAGUCUCUAUCUACAAAGACGACAUUUUCCAGCGCAGCCCCGAAGAUCAAUCACAACCCAAGAUGCCCUAUAUGGGAUGGGGCGGCCAAGGACUCGACGUUGGCCGCGUCCGCUUCUGUCCUUUCGAAGAUGUACUUGGGAUAUCGCACGACCGCGGCUUCUCCUCCAUUAUCGUCCCCGGAUCCGGAGAACCUAACCCCGAUUCCCUCGAACCGGGCACCAACCCCUAUGAAACCUCCAAGCAACGUCGCGAAACCGAAGUCCAUGCUCUCCUCGAGAAGCUCCAACCCGAAAUGAUUGCGCUCGACCCCAACUUUGUCGGUAACCUCGAUUUGACCUCGCACGAGGAGCGGCAAAAGGAGUACCGCGCUCAGCGGGGUGAGCGCGAACCAGACAAGGUGGAUCUGCUGAAGAAGAGGGGCAAGGGAAGGAACUCAGCACUGAGGAGGUAUCUGAGGAAGAAUGGCAAUAGGAAUGUUAUUGAUGCAGAAAAGGAGCGCGCACGCGAGGCGCUCAAGAAUAUGCAACAGAGGCAGAUUGAGCGCAAGGAGAAGAUGAAGAAGGAAUACGGUCCUGCGCUCGAGCGAUUUGCGAGAAAGUAG